AUGUCCUACUCAAAUCACUCCAGUCCCUCCUCCUCCAUCCUGACGGGCAUCCCUGGGCUGGAAGAUGCUCAGUUCUGGAUCCCCUUCCCCUUCUGCACCAUGAACUCCAUGGCAGUUCUGGGGAACACCACUCUCCUCCUGGUGGCUAGGAUGGACCCAGGCCUGCCCCUGUGUUACUUCCUCUCCAUGCUGGUGGCCAUUGACCUCCUGCUCACCACGUCCACCCUGCCCAAGCUCCUGAGCAUCUUCUGCACCCGCUCCCGCAAGAUCAGCUUCCAGGGCUGCGUGGCCCAGAUGUUCUUCGUCCACAGCUUCUCCACAGUGGAGUCUGGGGUCCUGCUCACCAUGGCCUUUGACCAGCACUUGGCCACCUAGCCUCUGCACUGCUCUGCCAUCCUGACUGGUCCCGCCGUUGCCAAGCUGGGCUUGGCUGCUGCGGUGCCCGGUGCUCCCACCAUCACCCCUGCGACCUGCACAGUGACCAGCCUGUCCUCCUGUGGCCCCCAACUCAUUCCCCACUGCUCCUGCGAGCACCUGGUGGUGGUGAAGCUGGCCUGUGGGGACGCCAGGUCCAACAGCAUCUACGGCCUCAUGGUUGCCACCACUGUGGUGGGCUCAGACUCCGUCCUCAUCUCUGUCUCCUGUGUGCUGAUCUUGAGGGAAGUCUUGGGUGUCUCCUCCAGAGAGGCUUCCAUUCCCUCUUGUUCUGUCAAGUCCUUCAGCACCUGUGGGUCCCAUAUUGGUGUCAUCCCGCUCUUCUCUGUGCCCGGGCUCUUCUCCUUCUACACUCAGCCCUGGGGCCAGGAUCCUUCCCACCUCCAGAUCCUGAUGGCCGAUCUCUACGUGCUGCUGCCUCCCACACUCAACCCGCUCAUCUACGGGAUGAAGACCAAGCUGACCCAGGAGCAGCUUCUGAGCCUGCUCUGGAGGAAAGGGAUGGAGCCCAGGUCCUGA